AACUACCAUAAAAGACACAAAACACAAGACCCAAUUCAAACCAUCUACUACAAUAGUACUGGUAAUUGCUAUGUUUCAACUUCACUUUAUUCAACAUUGAACUGUUUUUCCCUAUCUCUCUGCCCAUACCAUGGUGUCUGAUUUCAAGAAUUCUUCAAUUCCGCGCCAAUCUUCAUACAAUUUCCUCUAUCUCAAUCCCCUCACUGACCUCAAACACAACCGUAGCUCCAGCGAUGGCGGCGUUGCUCUCGGCGCCCGUAUGUGCCAAAACCCCGUUACCGUCUUUGAUGACAAAGAAAAUGCAGUACCCAACAAUGGCUUUUGUGCUGUGGCCAAACAGAUCCCUAAUGGGAAGGCUUAUGUGAGGGAUAGGGCAUUGAAGCCAUCUUCUCUGCAGCUAUGUAUGCAAAUGAAUGAGCCUGAUUCGAAUUUUGGGUCGAAGAUUUGGGACCCGGUUGGCUCGGAUAAUACGGGUUCGGUUAAUAUUUGGGAUUAUUCGGAUUCAGAGGCUGCUCCUGCUUCAUCUUGGUCUACAUUGCCUAACAGGUCAUUGUUGUGUAGACCUUUGCCAGUGGACAUUGGGAGGUGUACUUGUGUGAUAGUGAAAGAAGCAUUGCCAGAAGGACUAGAUGGGGGGAAUCUCUACUCAUUAUAUACCAAUGAAGGUCAAGGACGACAAGAUAGGAAACUUGCUGUAGCUCAUCACAGGCGCCGUAAUGGAAGAUCAGAGUUUGUUGUAGCACAAAAUAUUAAGGGAAUAUCUUGCAGUUCAGACGAUAGUCUGAUAGGGAUUGUAACUGCUAACCUUAUCGGUUCAAAAUACCAUAUUUGGGACCAGGGUAGCCGCAUCAACUCCCAAUCUAAACAGUCUAAACCUCCACUAGCAGUUGUGUCAUUCGUGCCUACCAUAACCACCUGGACAGGAAGCUACAGAAGCAUGAGGGUAUGGGUACCAAAGCACCAAUCCAUGCAGCUAAAGAACACAACUCAGAUACAACAUAUUAGUGGACUACCGAAGGAUUGGGAAGGGAAAAUGGACAAAGUUCACCAGUUAUUCUCAAGAAUUCCACAUUACAAUAAUAUUUCAAAACAAUAUGAACUAGAUUUCAGAGACAGAACACGAGCAGGACUUAGAGUCCAGAGCUCCGUGAAGAAUUUCCAGCUGAUUUUGGAGAAGAAUGGAAGGCAGACAAUCCUGCAGCUCGGGAGAGUGGGAAAAUCGAAGUAUGUAAUGGAUUACAGGUAUCCUUUGACUGCUUACCAAGCAUUUUGCAUAUCUUUGGCUUCUAUCAAUUCAAAGCUUUGCUGCGCGUUGUGAUUAUUAUAUUCUGCAGCUGUCUUUGUAGUUCAACCUCUGAACACACAGAUUUUGAUUCCUCUGUUGCUGUUACAAUUUUUGUGCUCUACAAUUUUGAGCUUGACAUGUAAGUCAUUUGAGCAGAUGGGAAAGAGAGUCAUCAUUUUCAGGAAGGUUGUCCAGCCAAACAUGUAACUAAUUGUGAACGGUAAUAUGUAUUUUUUUUGUUGUUGUUAUUUUCAAAUAUGUUCUUCGACUUUUCUAAUCAACAUGCAUUCCUUUCGUGCACUCGAAAUUCUUGUAUUAUCAAAGUAUUUUGGACCCUUGAACUCAUUACUUUUCUGGUAA